AUGGAGACCGUCAUCCAAUAUUUACUCUUAGCUUUGGCUCUGACUUCAGUGCAAAUAUCCUACACUGAAAGCCGUCUAAAUGAAAAACGCAGGGAUAAAACCGAAAGGAGGUACCAUGGAACACAAGUCAAAGACAACAUUUGCGAGAUAACGAACAGAGAAUCAAAAGUGCACUGCUACUGUGAAAGUACAGAAGUCAAGACAGCCACAAAAGCUGAUUGCUGGGUUUUCAAUGGUGGUAUUGAUGAAAGUGAUCCGAUAUGGUCCACUUUCAACUCGCAACCUUACUUAGAACGACUUACAUUCAACGUGAGAUCCGAUGGAGCUCUCAAGUUUAUUCCCUUCAAAGUAAUCCAUCGAAUGAAACGACUACAAAAACUGUAUAUCCACUACGCUACACUCAACAAAAUCGAGAAACGAAUGUUUUCGAACAUAACCACACUGAAAGAAAUAACGCUGAUGAACAACAAAAUAACUGAAUUGGACUUCUCAUCGUUCACGAAUCUCCCGUCGCUCGUAAACUUAACUAUAAAAGAGAAUAAAGUAACAGAAGUGCAAAGGGACGUGUUCGUCGAUUUACCAAGUCUCAAAUAUCUGGAUUUGUCUUCAAAUAAUAUUAAUCUUGCCCACGACGGUUGUUUUGAACAUUUGUCCAUAUUAAAUGAUCUAAUAUUGGAAUCUAAUUCAAUAACAAUUUUGACAAAAGACACGUUUAGGGGCUUAGCUAAUCUGACAAGAUUAAAUCUGCGAUCUAACAAGUUAUCGAUGUUGGGUGCUUUGACUUUUACGGAACUCUGGAAUCUCAAUGAGCUGCUUUUAGAUAAUAAUUUAUUGACAUUUGUUUCCGAAAGAGCUUUUGAUGGCCUUGCUUUGCUACAGAAACUAUCUAUGACGGGCAAUCAAUUGAAAGCAAUUAACGAAGGACUAUUAGAAGGUGUGCGUGGACUUGAGUUGUUAGAUCUGAGAAAUAAUGAAAUAGAACAUUUCACGUACGAAACAAUCAAGCCGAUAUUAGACAAUUUGAAAAUGAAAAAUUCAGUUUUAUAUUUGAGUGGUAAUAAACUGAUAUGCGACUGCCGUCUAUCAUGGAUGAAAGUUUUACAUAACGAAACAAACAGUGAACCUUUGAAGCUAGCUUUAGAUGACGUCACCUGUUCUCUCAAUGGCGGACAAAACAAUCCGUACCAUGACGUGACUCCGUCCAAAUCUGAUGAACUAUAUGAAAUAGAAACUCCGAAGAGUGUAAGAGACUUCAAUGAAGAUGAUUUGUAUGAUGAUACAAUACAGUUAAGACCCGAGCCUACUGUUCAGCCUGUAGUAUCCCAUAAACUUGUUGUCGUUAGUUUGCCAAUAGAAACGUUACCAUGCCCACGAGAGCUGCGGAACGGCGAGGAUUCCCUAAUGCUAUCGUCGAAAGAUGAAAGCUUCUGGCAACCUAAUAACACAUUUCGUUACUUUUCUAGUUUACCGUUAGUCAUAAUAUUGACGUUAUUAAGUGUAUUUUAA